CAAGAGCGAUAGAGAUAGAUAUCUACUAGCGUUUCGUUUCGUGAGCGUUUCUUGAGCGUUUGUGCCAUUCAGCUACACACCCUUAUUUUUCUGGCGGCCGGCGUUUAAUUUUUUUGCACACUAUACAUAAGAUGUAUGCAACUUUUCUAUAAAUCGGUGGCUCAUCACUCCUCACAUCAUUUGAUGACUUACUGAUCUCGGGUUCUGAGCAACGUGCCAAUUGAAAUUAAAACCUUUUUUUGAGGCAAUUUAUAAACGAACAUGUUGAUGCUUUUGGCACUUGUGGGCGCGUUAGCUUCGGCGCGCGCCGACUGUAAUGCCUGCUUCCGAGGAGUUUGCCACGUGAAAAAGGUUGUACUCGAAGGAUUCCGUGUCACCGACCAGCUUGCCAUCGACCGCACCAACAACAUCCUCUACGCUCAACUCGACUACCGCACCGCAGCCAUCUUCCUCGAUGAAGCCAGGAUGAGAACCGUCCACGAUCUAAAUUCAACAGGGUUAACAGUGGAUCAAAAGAACCAAGUCUUGUACUCAAGUUUAAACGGUGUCAUAUACAAACAUAUAUACCAAGAACACGGUUACGCCACAGAAACAGCAUUUAAACUAGAUCGACCAACAACACCUGCUAGACUGCGCUAUGAAGAUGUCCUUUAUAUGAUCAACAAGGAUGGCAGUUCGGCUUACUACCAUGAGAAUUCAAAUUCCUUCGCUGGUUACAACAACUUAGAAAACUACGCUGUUUCCGACAUGGCCAAUGUACAAAAUAUAACCAACUGGUUCUUUGUUUCUGGUAAUAAACUUUACAGAUAUGUCGAGGACUACUAUCGCAUAUCUUGGCACCUUAUCUCUGGCAACAAGCACAUUCUAUCUAUUGGUAAACAUGGAGACGUAUAUUUCGGAGCCGCCGAUGAGAAAGUUAUUUAUAAGUUAGAUAGAGAAACAAUGGAAUUGGCAAAAUAUGGUGAUUAUAUGGAUGGUUGGGUGGUGGAUUUUGUGUUUGAUAGAGAUGAAAACAUCGUUUUUCUUGAUGCUAAUGGAAGCGUGGCACGAUGGGUACCGAGCGGAGGGGCAUGCAUUGAGUCAUUUCAAAAUUCGAUCGCCAAUCAUGCAGAAGUAGUUUUGGAUUCUGAUGGUCAAAAUUCGCGAGAUCGCGCAGUUGUCAAAGGAUACGCAAAUGACCAUUUAAUUGAUUGGCACAAGAUAAGUGACCAAAUCAACGACUCCAACUGAGGAACAAAAUAGUGAAGAAGUAGUACGUUGUAUGUCAUUAGAUGAUGACUUACCUUACACGACUGGUUCUGUUCUGAGCUUCUGAGUGAAGAAAUACGAGUAAUUACCUGCCAUUAUUAAUAUUUGUUUCUUAGAUAUAUUGAUUGCGACUGGUAUUUGAAAAGGCCUGAUUUUGAUUAACACUUUCGCUACCAAGAACCCGACUGUCGGGUACACCGCUCGUAGAAGCGUAGCCGAUUACAUGGGUUUCCCCGUAUGUAGCGAAAAUGUCGUAGCGCCGCGUAGAGCCCGGUUUCGAAAGUGUUAAUAUUUUUGUAGUUUAAUUUUUAAAGUGCCAUGUGAUCCUAUGUACAAGCUAUACGCAAACAACUUCGUAACCAUGGUUCGCAAUAAAUGAUUAUCUUAUCUUA